UGCAUGCUGGGAAAAAGGAGAGAGUCGCCAUCUUGCUUGGAUGAAGUAGCUAGCUAAGUUAUUGGUUGCAGAAAAUACCACGCUUAUUGCAAUAUUGUAGAAAUUGCAUUGACUGUGCGGAUUGUAUGUUGUGAUAUACAUAUUCAAGCUGUGAAGGGAAACCUUGCAGAGCUAACCCCGUCCCAUAAACGGUUCAAGCCUAGUGACCGAGUAGCUUAAGUUUUGAAGAGGCGGUCAUGGGUCGCUCCCGGAGUCGCAGUUCGUCCCGCUCCAAGCACUCAAAAAGCAGCAAGCACAAUAAAAAACGGAGCCGAUCGCGAUCCAGAGACAAGGAGCGGUCAAAAAAGCGGUCCAAGUCCCGGGAAGCAAAGAGGAAUCGGCGGCGAGAGUCGCGGUCCCGCUCUCGCUCGAACACUGCGUCUUCCCGCAGAGACAGGGAGAGGGACAGGGAAAGGGAGAGAGCUGCAUCGCCCCCCGAAAGGAUUGAUAUCUUCGGGAGGACGUUGAGCAAGAGGAGCGCUCUGGACGAAAAGCAGAAGAAGGAGGAAGAGGAGAAAAAGGCCGAGUUUGAGAGACAGAGGAAGAUCCGUCAGCAGGAGAUCGAGGAGAAGCUGAUCGAGGAGGAGACGGCGCGGCGUGUGGAGGAGCUGGUGGCCAAGCGUGUGGAGGAGGAGCUGGAGAAGCGGAAGGACGAGAUCGAGCGGGAGGUGCUGCGCAGGGUGGAGGAGGCCAAGCGCAUCAUGGAGCGGCAGCUGCUGGAGGAGCUGGAGCGCCAGAGGCAGGCGGAGCUGGCCGCCCAGAAGGCCAGAGAGGAGGAAGAAAAAUCCAAAAGGGAGGAGCUGGAGAAAAUAUUGGAGGAGAAUAACCGUAAAAUCGCCGAUGCUCAGGCCAGACUGGCCGAGGAACAGUUGAGAAUAGUGGAAGAGCAGAGAAAGAUUCACGAGGAGAGGAUGAAAUUAGAGCAAGAGAGACAGCGGCAGCAGAAGGAGGAGCAGAAAAUGAUCCUGGGGAAGGGGAAGUCCAGGCCCAAGCUCUCCUUCUCUCUAAAGGCGGCGGAGUGACACAGCCAGCACGCCACGACGCUGUCGAGGACCGCGCCCUCCCGCCCGCCCGCCCGCUGUACGGUAGCUUCAUGUUGAAGUGUUCCCCCACAAACUCUGACAAGUCUUGCUCGUUUUUGUUUUUUUUUUUUAUUAUUAUUAUUUUUUAUCACUCCUGUGGGCAGUGCUCAACGAUCUUUCUGAAUGAGGAGGUGACGUUCACAAGGAAAAAAAAACAAAACCUGACUGUCCUGUCCUCCACAUUAAAUGCUACGACUGGUUUUUUUUUGUUGGUAUUGAUUUCCAUUUUUUUCAUUUGUAUUGUUGCUGCAUAGGAUGCCCCCACUUACCCACCGGUCUGUUACCGUGGUUCACAAGAAUCAGACUUUGCCUCUUUUAAAUAAGCAAAUUAAUUGCUAGGCGGGAGGAAGUGACAUGUGCAAUGUAACGCAUACGGGGGGUGAAUGACGGCACACAGAAUGAUGUUUAAAAAAUCCUGAACAAAGUUUAGGAUUAUCCUGGAUUUGCUGUUGUCACAGAGAUGUCAGCAUAUCGAACAAAAAGAAUAACCCUUUUGUAGAGUACGGAGUGACCUGCUGUCAGGCAUUACUGACGUGCAAGACAGGCUUGUCAGUUUUACAUGAAUUUACUCUUCCGCUCAUUAGCACCGACUCCAUGUUAUGUAUAUUUUUAGCUAUUUAAUUUAAUGAUAACUGGAUGGGGGAGAAAAGGAACUGAGCAAUUUUAAAAGCAAAGAUUUAAUGACUUAAAUUUUGUGCCGCCCCUGACACCCUGACAGCACUGGACCCAGGUGACAUCCCGAACGUGGGGCAUGGCACUUGUGUCCAGUGGUCCAAAGGUAGAGAGAACCGGUGUUGGACAGGUUUCAUUCCUGAUUCAUCAUAAUGCAGUCUGUGAUGUGACGUCCUUGGUAUGACGAUGUAUGAAUCCACAAAAAAAGCCAAGAUUUGUCUCUUAUAUCAUUCACUUCUAUAAUCUCAGAGUAAAAUCUGUGCUCAAGUUGUCCCUGUAUUUUCUAUGGAGUACACAUUUAAACUCACCCCCCCCCCCCCAAAAAAAAAAAAAGGAAAAACUACAUUGUAUAUUCUGAUGCCUGUCCUGGCACAGGUAAGAGUGAUUAGUGGCAUGUUUGGGCUAGUGAAGGAGUGCCUUGCAUGGGUGCGUAUGUGUGUGCGCAAGUCCGUGUGUAUGUGUGUGUAUGUGCGCGCGUGUGUGGGUGCGUGUGUUUGUGCUGAUGGUUGGGGGAGAUGGAAAGUGAAUUUUGGUUUUGUGAUCAACCCUUUUCGGUAUUUUUCCCCUCACUCUAGAGACUGUACAAUUCGCCAAUAAAAACCCGUG